AUGCCUCCCACAUUCAAGUCACCGUUCUUUGCUCCAAGAAACAUGAUCGAUCAGCGUAGACGUGGAGAGCAAAUUGGUGAACUUUAUUAUAGGAUUGCAGAAAGAAGUGAAAAUCUCGCCUUUCCUGCCGGCGAUUGCCACACUGUGGGUAUUGGAGGACAGAUCGGUGGAGGAGGCUACGGCUAUUUGACUCGUAAAUAUGGCCUUACAGCAGAUAAUGUUCUUGACACGGAAUUAAUCGAUGUUAAAGGAAGAAUUCUUAAUAGGAAAUCUAUGGGUGAAGAUUUGUUUUGGGCCAUACGUAGUGGUGGACCAGCAAGCUUUGGAAUCGUUCUUGCAUGGAAACUUCGACUAGUUACUGUGCCAUCGACAGUGACUGUGUUUGAUGUGAGGAGGAACAUGGAGGGCGAUGCAACAAAGAAGCUUUUUCAUCAAUGGCAACGCCGUGCUGACAAAGUCGAUGAGGAUCUAUCAAUUUAUGUAAGGUUCCAAACUGAGAGUUCUAUUGAUAAAGAAGGUAAUAAGAAAAUUGUGCUGGCAGCUUACUUUCGCGCCACAUUUCAUGGCGGCAUGGAUAGGCUCCUUGAAUUGAUGCAGAAGGAGUUUCCCGAAUUGGGUUUGCUAAGACAAGAGUGCACUGAAAUAAGAUGGGUCAAAUCCUUUCUCUAUCACAAUUUCUUCAGAAAUGGAGAAUCAUUAGAUGUUCUACUUAAUAGGAUAUCUAAUUACAAUAUGUCCUCAUUCAAAGCUAAAUCCGAAUUUGUGAAAGAGCCUAUUGCAGAUGAUGCAUUCAAAGAAAUGUUGGGAAGGUUGUACGAAGAAGAGGUAGGAGGAGUUAUGAUUGAUCUAUUUCCUUUCGGAGGGAAAAUGAACAAGAUUUCAGAAUCGGCAAUCCCAUUCCCAUACCGAGCUGGAAACCUCUACAACAUUCAUUAUUUAGUACUAUGGGAAGUGGUGUGA